CCUCAGCCUCGCUGGGGUGGGGGGCGCGACUCCCGUUGCCGUGCGCCGGUUGUCUUCCACCGCGGUGGCUGUGGCCGCGGCUCCAUGUCACGCGCCAUGCACCUCCUCUGCUGGUGGCAAGUACUGCUGUGGGUGCUGGGCCUUCCGGCCCGCGGCCUGGACGUUGCAGAGGAGAGUGGCCGCGCAUGGCGGGAACAGCAGCCUGGCCCAGCUCUCCAAGUCGGGGCCCUAUACCUGCAUAAAGAGGAGGCUGCGCAGGGCCCUCGGGACCAGGCGAGGGUGGCAGAGCCUGCUGAGGCCUCGCCGGGGCCGGGUCCUCGAGGAGAUCCCGUGGUGGUGCUGUCGGUGAUUCCCGGUGCAGCUGAGGACCAACGGAGCGCUGAGGGCCGAGAUGGCACCUGCAGUGCCCUGGGAGAGGAGGACCCAAGAUGUGGCCAGGAGAGCCUCUUCGCACUACACGGUGCGGGCGGCUUCUCGGAGCGGGAAGAGGAGUACUACCCUGAGCCUGGAGCGGCGGAGGCUGAGCCAGUAGCCCCCGAGGAUGCCAACAGCACCGACAGCCUCAAGUCCCCCAAGGUGAACUGUGAGGAGAGGAAUGUGACCGGGCUAGAGAAUUUCACCUUGAAGAUUUUAAACAUGUCCCAGGACCUUAUGGAUUUUCUAAACCCAAAUGGUAGUGACUGUACACUGGUCCUCUUCUACACUCCGUGGUGCCGGUUUUCUGCCAGCCUGGCCCCCCAUUUUAACUCUCUGCCUCGGGCAUUUCCAACUCUUGGCUUUUUGGCACUGGAUGCGUCUCAGCACAGCAGCCUUUCUACCAGAUUUGGCACUGUAGCUGUCCCCAACAUUUUAUUAUUCCAAGGAGCUAAACCAAUGGCAAGGUUUAAUCAUACAGAUCGAACUCUGGAAACACUGAAGAUCUUCAUUUUCAAUCAGACAGGUAUAGAAGCCAAGAAAAACGUGGUGGUGACUCAGGCUGACCGAAUGGGCCCUCUCCCCAGCACAUUGGUAAAGACGGUGGAUUGGCUGCUUGUAUUUUCCUUAUUCUUUUUAAUUAGUUUUAUUAUGUAUGCUACCAUCCGGACCGAGAGCAUUCGGUGGCUGAUUCCAGGACAAGAGCAGGAGCAUGUGGAGUAGAGACACAACUCAAGGGAGAGGAGACAUCCGGCCGGACUUACAGUCAUGGGUAUUUCCUCCCCUGAAGCGCUGACUUGCAGCGGAAGUCAGAGUCAAGAAUCAUGUUCUUUUUGAACUACUGAAAGGCUAAAAAGAUGACAUACAAAUGUGUUUUUACUGUGACAAUUUGCAGAUGAAAAAGUAUUCACUAGAAUCGACUGUUCCUGUUUUCAAUACUUGAACAUAAUGAAUUUCUCUUCUGGUGUCCCUAAGCAGGAAAGUGUUUUGGGAGAGGAGUAACUAGGGUGGCUGUGGGCCUAUAAGUAGCACCUGAUGAAAAAUAAAAACAUGUGCCCCUUG